AUGGCAGUAUUAUAUUUAAAUAGAUCAAAAGCACAUUUUCUGGUAAAAAACUAUCAUAAAACUAUUGAAGAUUCUACAAAAGCAUUAGAGUUGAUGGUUCCGCUUGUCGAGAGUAAUUUAUUAUGGAGAUCGGAAGCUUAUUAUUAUCGAGCAAAAGGAUUGAUCGAAUUACAAUCAGCUCAUUUGGCAGUGGAUGAACUUAAAGCAGCACUUACAUUAGUACCAUCGCGAGGUAAUAUUUAUGGACCGGAAUUACAACAUGCUAUAGAAUUAGCUCCUGUUCAUGAAGAAACCAUGAAGAAGUCUAAAGUAUUUGAUUUAAGUGAACCACCAACUAUCGAAGAAACGUUUGAGACCAUUCGUCACGAUCAUAGAAAACGCCAACUUAAAGAAUGGGAAAACGUGAUAAAAAAACCAAUUGAUUCAAAUCAAAAUCAAGUAUAUGAACAGGAAAGACGACAAAUGUUUACAGCUGUCAACAACUUUAUCACAGAAUUGUCAGUGGAAAAAGAACGCAUGAUUAAUUCUUUGCUACCGCCAGAGCUAUUGAAAAAUAAGAUUGAUCAAAUGAAGACACAAAUGAAAUCAGCAUUUGAAAUGAUAACACGAUUGUACAAUUUGUUGAAUAUAGAAAAGUCUGAUUUAGCUAAGGAAAUUGAUUUGAUGGCGGAUGAUAAUCAUUUUAAAAGUAAAGUACAACGAAAUAAAAUAAUCAAGAGUCGAACUGAAAAACUUAAAUGGAUAAAAGAAUCAAUUUAUUCCAAUACUGAAAGAUAUAACGAAAUUGCACAAUACUUGAAGUUCCCGAGUAAUUUGUUAUUUCCAGAAAUAAAAAAAGAAUCAUCUGCUCAGUUCCAGAUAAAUUUUGUGUUUAAACGUAGAGCAAAAGAAAUCGAACGUCAGCAAAAGUUCAAAGAAACAAAACUUAUUUUAGCAGAUUUACGAUCACCAAUGGAUAUACUUAGAAGUAAAAUUAAAGACAGAGGAAUUACUCCAAUUUAUCGUUUAUUGACAACUGAUAUAAGUAAUCCUAAUAUUAUCUACAAUUAUUCUUGUACAUUAUUUGGAAUGUAUGUGGAAGGAAGAGGGACUACUAAAAUUAAGGCAAAAGAAAAUGCUUCUAUUGAAAUGCUUAGAGCAAUUUUAAAAAAACAAAAUGUUAAUUCUCUUUCUUCACAUAUUAGAAAAUUUUCCGAAAAAGAAUUGAAAGAUCUCAAUCCUUUAUUCGCUAAAACAAAUUACAUCGAGAUUUUAGAGAAAGCUUGUAAAAGUAAUAAUUUUUUACCACCAAAAUACACACUACUUCGUCGAACUAAAAUAAAUUUCAAGCUUGAAAUGCAUUAUUCUAUUCAAUGUGAGGCAAUGGAUUUCGUGGCAAUAGGACAUAGUAAUAAGCGCUCCACUGCUAAAGAAAUGGCUGCACAAAAUAUCAUUGAAUUAUGGAAAAAUAUGAAAUCAAAACAAUUUAUCAAUCAAAAGAGUUAA